CAGCUUGGCAAAAACGAGCCCGCCGCGCGCGCGUGCGCGCUGGUCGGCGAGCACGAUGCUCUGCCCGGGCACGAUACCACGACGCGGCGCCAGCGCCACGAUGCGCGGGCAGCAGCUCGCCCAUGGCGCCUGGAUGUGGGCUGCCCCAGCUCCUGGCGCCCCAGUCGAGGGUCCCGGAGCCGCGUACUGGGGCAGGGAAAGACGACGAAGUCGCGUGCGGGCCACGGCGUCACGGGCUUGUGUCGGGCGCAGCCGACGGAGGCUACUCGCCGCCGCGCGGGCGAGGACGGCGCGCCGAUAGCAUCGGCGCCGCGGCUUGAUUUGGACAGUCAGGCCGCGAUCAUUGUUGUUUGUUUGUUAUGGUUACGUAAACGACCGCUCGUGCGAGUUCGGGCGCGCACGCAUGGGGAGAAGAGUUAGAAACAAAUCAGGUUUGGACGGGUUUUUGGCGCAUUUUUAGCGCGCGCGAUUCUGCGUUUACGCUCGCAACAGCGCUUGGCGGUGAAGCGGUACCCUCCAGCGAUCUCCUGGUUCGCACACGUAUCGUGCCCGUGACCUAUUAUAGAUCUGUGGCCCAGAGAGCCACUUUGCUAAUUUGAAAGCACAAGCCCAUGCCGCGCCCGGCGAAGCGCGGCCGCGCGGACGCCGACAAGGAGUUCCGGGUGGAUCCCACCGAGGAGGACGAGGACGAGGAGGAGGAGGAGCCCGUCGCCGACGACGACGACGACGAGGAGGCGCUGCGGAAGAAGCAGCGGGAAGUGGACGCGAAGAACGGUUUCGCCCUGUGGGGCGACGUGCAGCGCGACAAGGCGAAGAGCCCGAAAGGACCGCUGGCCUUCCUGCAAGGCAACAACACGCUGGGCGACUGGACGCCGGAGAGCCGCUCGCUGCCCAAGGAGAUCGUCAACGCCUACCACGAGAUUGGCCACCCCAUCAAACGCUGCACGACGUCGCGCGGAUACGUGCGGGCGCUCAUGAAGAUUUGUGUAGAGUGCAACGUGCCGUUCCCGAAGCCCGGCAAGGGCUACACGACCCGCACGUGGAUAGCGAUGCUGCUGAUCUGGUGCGCGCCGAUGAGAAAGGGCGGCCGCCGGCGCUUACAGCUGGAGAGGGCGGCGUUCUUCAGCUACCAGCUGCUGAAAGUCUCCGAGAAGGCCGCGUUGGCGUUGGCGCCGCCCAAGCCCGGCGCGUGCGAACUUUGCUCGACGACGGCCAUCAAGCAGCUCUUCAAGCACUUCCCCGGCGCCGACGAAAUCAUCUGGGGCGACUACUUCAAGGUGACGCGCGUGGGCGACACCUUCCACAUCACGGUCCUCAAGAAGAAGACGCUCCACCGCGACCACCUGGAGCUCUCGCUCCUCUUCCGCGGCUGGCUCUGCGUGCACUGCAACCGGUACACGCUCCACAAGCUCGACUCGCUCUCGAGCGACGACUACAAGGUGUUCGGGCGCCGCGUCUACGUGAACUGCACGACGUUUAUCUGA